ACUUCAUGUUAACACUGUCCUGGGAACAUUUUGUCUCAUAUCUUGCGAAAAUGGGUCACUUAAUUUUUCUCAUUGUAGCGGUUUUAUUUUCUGUCACAUCGGCACAGUUUAUCCCUCCGUAUACAGAAGACUGCCGGACAGACAUGUAUCCCCCAAAUGGGCCCACGUUUAAAGGAGCUGUGCGUUGGUACACGGUGGACCUUGACUUACCACCCAGCAAGAGAUGGACGUCUGUGAUUACUGACAAAAAAACAGAUCUGAUCAAUAUGGUCCAGGCCAUCAAAGACUUGGCUAAUUCUUUCGUGCCAAGUGGGAAGCUGGUCGAGAUUGUUGACAUUACACUGCCUUUCAUGGUGGACACGCUCCCGUACCCUUACGGUGAUGAAAUCAGAGGAAUUGCAGCAGAUUCAGGCGUUCAACUUGGUGAAAUCGUCUUGUUUAACAUCUUCUAUGAGAUUUUCACUGUGUGCACCUCGAUUGUUGCAGAAGACACUAAAGGUAACCUCAUUCAUGGCAGAAAUCUGGAUUUUGGAUUAUUUAUGGGCUGGGAUAUCAAAAACAAGUCGUGGAUCAUUAGUGAGAAGCUGAAGCCUCUGGUGGUCAACCUCGACUUCAAGAGAAAUAACCAAACAGUCUUCAAGUCUACAAACUUCGCCGGAUAUGUUGGCAUGCUCACUGGAAUCAAGCCUCACAUAUUCACUCUGACGAUGAAUGAACGCUUCAGCCUCGAUGGAGGAUACAUUGGAAUCCUGGAGUGGAUCCUGGGACAGAGAGAUGGGAUGUGGAUGAGCUUUCUCACUCGCUCCGUCUUAGAAAAUGCAACCAGCUACGAGGAGGCCAAAAACCGCCUGGCUCAGACCAAGCUGCUCGCUCCAGCCUACUUCAUCCUCGGGGGAAACAGCACAGGCCAGGGCUGCAUCAUUACCCGGUCCAGAGAGCUCAGUAUUGACAUCUAUGAGAUCGACCUAAAGCUGGGUCGGUGGUAUGUCCUGGAGACAAACUAUGACCACUGGAAGGAGCCUCUUUUCCUGGAUGAUCGUAGAACUCCUGGCAUGAAGUGUAUGAACAAGACCACACAGAACAACGUCUCUCUGAAAACCCUGUACGACGUGCUCUCCACUAAACCGGUGUUAAACAAGUUGACGACGUACACAACACUGAUGCAAGUGUCCGAGGGCACACUGGAGUCGUAUAUCCGUGACUGCCCAAACCCCUGCAUGCCCUGGUGAACUGAACCCUGAUCAGUUUGUAAAUGCUCAGCUGAUCUGGGGACAAAACUUGAGGCUGCUCUUUGAACUUAUUUGCCCAGCGACUAAUCACCUAAACCAAAGUUUGUCUCAAUCAUGAUGUCAGUGUGACAUUCCUGUUAUGUGUUUCAAGGAUUAAGGAAUACUUUAAAGCUUUAAUCAAAAUACUAAAUCCUACUCUUCGGUUGUGUGGGGAAAUCGGUACAAAAGUGAAUCACUGCUUCUUCUUUUUGUUUUUACUGUAAAUAUGAUUGUUUGAGUCGCAGGAUAAGUCCAUCAGCGGUUCUUAAAAUGGGCUUAGGGACCCCUGAUAUGAAUCCUGAUGUUUCAGUUUAUGCUUAAAUAUUGCUUGAGCACAUUUAUUGAAUUUCUAAAAACAAAUCUGAAGCCAUUCUGUGCCUGCACACUGUGACGCUGUUGGAAAGCUCUGCUGUAGUUUGGUUCUUGUUUCUGUGGCGGUUAGAAGUCAAAAAAAGAACGACCCACUUACAGUUAAUGGCCAUCACCACGACUACUGACUACUUCACAAAACAAUACUAGCAAAGGUACCUCACAGCUGAACGCUUCCUUUUUUUAAUAACUAAACUAAAAAAUUAUGGUUAAUAAAAUGAUUCCCAAAUUUGA